AUGCUCGACUACUCCCCCUUUGCUAUGAGCUUCCAGGACGGCUACGGCAAAGGCCACGGUCCCAAGCACCCAAAGCCCCACCCUACCCACACCCCCGGCCACGGCGACGGCUGGCCAUGCCACCCCGUUCCCGGCGGCGGCAGAAUCUGCCACCCUGACUUCCACCUCCACCACCUGGUCGCCGGAAAGCCGGUGCACAUCGCUCUCUGGGUCUUCUUCGCCCUCUUCGCUGCCGGCGUCGUAGGCACUUUCCUAGUCGCCCGGCGCGUCACAAACAAGAUUCGCGUCUUCCACUACCUCUCGGCCCUCUCCCUCACCGUCACGACUUUUACCUACUUCUGCCUCGCAACUGGUCUAGGCCGCUCUGGUCCCGGUCACCACGUCCACCACGGCCCGCCCCCGCCCCACACCCCGCCGCACCGUCACGACCCUCACCCUCCCAUCGGUAUCCCCGAGACCCCGGCGCCAAUCGACGUCUGGGUCCGUGAGGUCUUCUGGGGACAGGACGCUGCUCACAUGAUCACGCUCCCACUCUUUGUCAUCCAGUUUGCCAUCCUUAGCGGCAUGGCGCCGCUACACGCGCUCACCGCCGCCAUCGCUGCUGCUUUCUCGGGCGCGUCCACCAUCGCCGCUGACCACUUCACCUCGCACCGCCGCGGCUUCCACCCGCGCAAGCAGUUUAUUGCCUGGACCAUUAUGGGCCUUCUGUUCACCCUCGGCGCGUGGUUCCUCCUCUUCUUCCCCGGCAUCACUGCUGCUCGCACCCGCCGCCGCUCGACCCAGGGUCUGUACACCCUCGGCAUGCUCGGCCUUGUUGUUGGCUGGAUCGCGUACCCCAUCGUCUGGUUCCUCGGCACUGGCACCAACAUCAUCGGCGUCAAUGUGCAGGUUAUCGUGCAGGGUGCGAUUGAUGUUGCGACGCAGCUCGGCCUCGUCUUCUUCAUCCUCUUCACUCACGUGCACGACCCCGAGGACCCCGUCUGGUCAUUCCCUGACUGGAUCGUCAACGCACGCGCUGGCACCGGCCCCGACGGUCGCGGCGCAUACUCGACCGUUGGUGCUGGCGACAACGCCGACAACACGGCCUAAUCGCGUAAAAUGUUGAUACGCGUACCGAGCUGCCCACAGCUCGGCAUGCCCACGGCUUGCUGAUCCGCGAGUACAUUUGGCAUGAAGCAGAGGAGAAGUGUGAAUGAAGUAGAGCGGGAGGAGGAGCAGUAGUAGC